AAAAUUACUAGAUGGGUUUAUUGAUGCUGAUACAUUGAUAAUCAAAGCUCAAGACCAAGUUUUAAGGGAGAGAGCUGACCGUCCCUUUCGUUGUCUCGACCGUCUAUAUCGACGAGAACUUGUUAGGGUCUAUUUAACUAAUGUUGAACAAAUCUGAUGUCGUUAUGUAGAAGAACAACAGUGUAAACUUGAAAAACUAAUAGAGGAUAAAAGUAGAUGGUCGGGUUUCUGUGCAUUCUGGCUCGGAAUGGAGCAAAGUUUCAAACGCCACAUGUCAAAGGAGAAAACAGAUGUAAUAUUAAAAGUUCUUGUAAAACACUUCUUUGUUGAAAAGGAAGUCACUUCUACUUUAGUCAUGGACUCCUUGUACAGUGGACUGAGGGUUCUAGAGGGUCAGUAUAAGGGAAAGAAAGGCAAGGGGAAAUGUAUGGAUGCAGAGGAACAACCAACAUCUAUAGUACACAUGGAAGAAGACAUGUUUGUCUUGGUUGAUGAUGUGCUUCUAUUGCUUGAGAGGGCUUCCUUGGAGGCUUCCCUCGAGCCACUGCCCCCUAAGGAUGAGAAAGGUCCUCAAAAUCAUACAAAGGAUGGUACUUCUGGAGAGGACUUUAACAAAGAAUCCAUCGAGAGUGAUGAAAGCUGCCUUACUGACCUGGGUCGUAGGACCAUUG